UUUUAUAUGUUAGUCUUUUUAGCCCAAGACAAGUGCAGCCUUUUUAACAGAAAGGUGGCUAAUCAUACCCAUAGAGAGUUCAGAGAUUUAGACAUUUUUCUCCCCAAAGUUGGUCCUUUCCGUUUCUAUCGAUGCCAUUGGGCUUUACAAGUUGACGAAUUGCAGCUUAAUUCAUCUAUAAAGGUCGGUUCGGUCUGAGAUUUCAAACUUUUCUGCGCUGAGCUGUUCUUUUGUCUUCGUCAUCAUCUUCUUCUUCUUUAUCCUACUUGCAGCAGAGAAGCUAGACGCCUGAAUUCUGAGUGAAAAAAAGUUCGUAAAAUGAUAAGUUUGCGAAGCGGAAACUGCUCGGUCACUGUGACGGGAAUCUCGAACAACAUGUUCAUGUCUCAACAUCUCUCUGGGAAAACCUAGAAAGCAAUUCCGCGCGCCUGGCUUGCUUCUCUUUUUGAUGUUCAAAAGAGACUGGCAGAGAAGGAAGUGGAAAUUGUAACCGAUUGGUCAAGAGGGGCUCCGAUGGAGAGUGGUGGAGAGAUUACCGAAGCAUUACCUUCGACCAGUAAUGUUCAAGAUAAAAUCUUUGUGGCCGUUGGAAAAGACGUGAAGGAGAGCAAAUCGACUCUGUUAUGGGCGUUAAGGAACUCGGGAAGGGAUAAGAUAUGCAUCCUUCAUGUUCAUCAGCCUCCACGUACAAUUCCGCUCAUGGGUGGAAAUCUUCCAAUAAGUGCAGCAUCAGAGAAGGAAGCAAGGUUACACCAAGACCAUGAAAGGCAAAAAAUGCAUGAUACUCUAAAUGAAUAUCUUUCGAUUUGCCUCUCCACUGGGGUCCAAGCAGAGAAACUAGAUAUUGAAAUGGACAGUAUUGAGCAGGGGAUCGUAGAGCUCAUUGCUCAGCAUGGGAAUAAAAAACUCGUUAUGGGAGCAGCAGCAGACAAGCACUAUUCAAAGAGAAUGAUGGAUCUCAAAUCAAAGAAAGCAAUCUAUGUGAGCAAACAAGCACAUUCAUCAUGCCAUAUAUGGUUUAUCUGUAGAGGAAACCUUAUCUACACAAGGGAAGGUAGUUCAAAAGGAUCAGAAACAGAGGUCUUUCCAACGCCAAUGGCCAGUCCAAGCACCAGACCUACCCAAUCAGCCUCUUUCAAUUCUGGAUCUCUUCUGCAGGCACAAAACAGCCAUGUGAGGCUAACAAACCCAGUUCAGGAUUUACUAUUCCGACUAGUGAAAUCUGAUAAAUUUGUCAGUCACAGAGGAAGACUCACAGCAUCAUCUUCCUCAGAAGUUUCUGGAGAAAUGGCAAUACCACGGAUUCAGUCAUCUAUAGAGGUGACUGCCAAUGGAUGGGAAAUGAUAUCACGAAGUUUCCCUUCUCAGAGUUCAGGUAAUUCAACGUGGUCUUCAAUUGGAGAAGCUGGCAAUUUAGAUACAACCUCAAUGACAACGAAUGCUCAGAGUGACGAGGGGUUGUCCUCUCUUUAUGAACCCAACGAGGAUCUUCAUUGUACAUCUCCUGCAAAUGAUCCGGUACUUGUGGAGCAAGGACCAGUGAAUGAUGAACUAUAUGAUCAACUUCUACAAGCCAUGGCUGAUGCUGAGAACUCAAAGCAAGAAGCAUUUGAGGAGUCUGUCAGGCGUCGGAAAGCUGAAAGGGAUGCAAUUGAGGCUAUACGAAGAGCCAAAGCGUCAGAAAUGUCGUAUGAGAAAGAGAAGUUGCAAAGAAAAGAAAUGGAGGAAUUGCUUGCAAAAGAAAAACGAAAGGUUGAAAAAAUGAAGAGCUUGUUGGAGCAAGCAACAGAAGAACUUCAGAUUGCCCAGGGCAAGAAAUCAGUACUGGAGAGGCAAAUUUGUUAUACCAACUCAGAGUUGCUAGAGUUGGAGGAGAAGCUCGUUUUAGCAGAUGAACUUAUUCUGAAUCUUAAGAAUGAGCGAGAUGAGUUGGAGAAAGAGCGUGAGAGUGCAGUUGGAGAAGCUUUGGAGUUGAGAAAAAAGAUGGAAGAUGAUGACACAAGCAUAUCAAGGAUGCAAUGCUUCUCUGAGUUCUCCGCAGAAGAGAUUAAGGAAGCUACCCAAAACUUUGACCCAGCCCUGAAGAUAGGUGAGGGGGGAUGUGGAAGCGUAUACAGGGGACACCUUCGUCACACCCAAGUGGCGAUAAAGAUGCUUCACUCUCAUAGCUCGCAAGGUCUCAUCGAAUUCCAACGGGAGGUGGAUGUGUUGAGUAGAGUGCGGCAUCAGAACCUUGUCACUCUCAUUGGAACCUGCCCAGAAAUGUGGUGUCUUAUAUACGAGUACCUUCCCAAUGGCAGCCUUGAAGACCGACUUGCCUGUAAGGACAACACUCCCCCUCUUUCAUGGCAAAUGCGAACUCGAAUUGCUGCAGAAAUGUGCUCUGCCCUGAUGUUCCUCCACUCCCACACUCCUCAUAGGAUUGUCCAUGGGGAUCUCAAACCUGCCAACAUCCUCCUUGAUGCCAACUUUGUCAGUAAGCUUGGUGAUUUUGGCAUCUGCCGUUUCAUCCCCCAUGAUGAAGACUCAGCAUGCUGGAGAACUGACCCAAAGGGUACAUUUGCCUAUGCGGAUCCUGAAUUCCUCUCUACCGGAGAAUUAACACCAAAGUCAGACGUGUACUCAUUUGGGGUAGUACUGUUAAGGCUGUUGACGGGGAGACCACCAUUAGGCAUAAUGAGGGAGAUGCAGUAUGCACUAGAGAAGGACAAUUUGGAUGCAGUAUUGGAUGCAUCGGCAGGAAACUGGCCUUUUGUGCAAGCAAGGCAAUUGGCUCACUUGGCACUUAGAUGUUGUGAGAUUAGCCGGAAAAACCGUCCAGAGCUUCGAUCAGACCCAUGGAGGGUGCUUGAGCCGAUGAAGGCUUCCUGUGCAGUUUCUUCAUCAGCCCAUCUGGGACCAGUGGAUUAUGGACGCGUUCCAUCCUAUUUCAUUUGCCCCGUCUUUCAGGAAAUCAUGCGAGACCCUCACAUUGCAGCAGAUGGUUAUACGUAUGAAGCUGAGGCAUUAAAAGCAUGGAUCGACAGUGGCCACGACACUUCACCCAUGACAAACCUUAAGCUUGCCCACUGCAAUCUUAUCCCAAAUCAUGCCCUACGAUCUGCAAUUCAAGAAUGGCUACAGAACCAUCCCUGAAAUCCUAUUGUAUGUAUUUUUGUUAUUCUUUUAAUUUAAAUUUUGUAUAUAACCAAAAUACAAGUACACAUGCCCAUAUAAGAAAGAAGAUGACGUGAAAUACAAAA